CUCCAAACCACACACUAGUCCACUCUCUCUCUCUGAGAAAAAAAAUCUCUACUUUCUGAUAAGACUUUUAGCGUGAAUGGAGGAGUUCGAGCAUAUGAUAGUGGAAGAGUUCAACGAAGAGGACUUCUACGAGACCAUAGAAGCUCCCAAGUUUGUAGAUCUCACCGCACCAGAUCAUCGCCCUGAAGGAGACGAUCGUUACUGGUUCUGUUCCAGAGUUGGAUGUGAUCAGAAACAUGAAGAGUUUAUGGAUUCAGAAGCAAUCUACAAAAACUUCGUUCUUCGAGUUAUGGCUGCUAGGAGUCCAAGUGUUCGUCUUCGUAAAGCUCUUUACAGAAAGGAUUUCAGUGAUGUUCCAAAAUGUCCCAACACGGUUCCUGCAAAGCCUUCAAGGUCACGUGUUUCUAGAUUGGCUAUGAUCUCAUCUAUUCCUCACAAGGGUAAUAAAGCAAUUCCCACAAAGAAAGAUGCAACUCCAAAGGCGAAAGAUAAAAGAAGAGAGUUAGACUCCAAACCAGUUCCUCAGAAAGCAUUAACUGAGAGGAAGAAGAAGAAGGAAGUGCAGAGUCCAGCAGGUUUCAGGAGUGUGCAGCAUCCGAGAACUGCAGUAACUAGAGCGGGGGAAAGCAGAGUUGUUGCAAAGGCUUUGGUGUUUGGUUCUCCAAAGAAGCUGGUGAGAUUGAAGAGAUCUGUGGAGCUUAGUUCCUCGGUUAAGAAGUUGUGUAGUGGGAUGAGGAAGCUUGAGAUUGAAAGCAAAAGAAAGAGGAAAGAGGUUAAUGAGAAGGUUGGGACUUCAACUACUCCAUCUAAGAAACUAUUAAGGACACGAGAGGUGAAGAGCCGAGUGUUUGAUUCAGUUCUGUCACGGAAGAAACAGAUUGGUGAAAAGGUUAAAGGUUCUUCUGGUACUUUGAAAAAGAGGGUCAAAGAAAAGAAAGAGCCUGUGCUUACCUCUGAUCUUACCAAAGCUCAUGAAGCUAAGACUAAGGAAAACAAAUUAGAAGAAUUGUCAGAGACAUUGAAAGCUAACAAGUACAAUUUACUCCAGGCAAGAGAAGACCCUGCUGUAAUAAAGGAGAGUGGAGUGGAUAAAGCAAAGGAAAAUGGAUUAGCUUUGGACUGUGAUGACAAAGAGAAUGCUACUAUUGCAGUGGAUGUCCUUAGAGAAGAUACUUGUGUAUCAAAGGAGAAUAAACCGGAUGAGACUACGGAGAUUGAAGACAAGGAAAACGCAUUAGCAUUAGAUGGUGGCGACAAAGAAAAUGUUACUAAUGCAGCGGAUGUUGAUGCAGAAAAUGAUGACAAGGAAAAUGCUUCAGCCUUGGACAAUAACAGGAAAGUUGACCAAUCCCCCAACCCUCUCUCGAGAAAGAAAGUCUUUGGUAGGAAAGAAACUUGCAAAACCACUCAAAAGGCGAUGGCAAUAGCAGAUAAGUGUUUCAAUGGCAAGACUGUUUCUACUAAUCCCACUGUCAAGUAUACAAAACCUAAGCUCACGAAUCCAAAGCCUUUCCGUCUAAGAACCGAUGAAAGAAGAAUCCUCAAGGAAGCAAACGCAGAGAAGAAACCACGGUGUGAUCUUGCCAAAGAAGAGGAAACUACAAACAUUCUUGGGGUUCAUGCUGAAAACAUUGGUCCAAAACAUCAGCCAGUUAGACAGCUGGAGAAGAACACAACUUCCAGGUUAAAAGCUUCUAGAGGAACAUCCACAACACUUGUUGGACACGAUGCCUCUGAAGCUAUGGUGAAUUCCAAGAGGGCUGCAUCAGGUACAAAGAAGAAAGUGGCAAGUAGAAGAGAUGUAACCAAGGAGGAAACCUCGCUGAUGAAUGGAAAUGGAGAAACCAAGGAAACUGCAAUCAUCAUCAACAGACCUUCUGUUUGUGCUGUUGCUUCAGGGGAGAAAAGACAUUUAACUGUCCCUAAAGGACCAAGCUUCCAUAGCAUUCACGUACCUAAGAGCUGCACAAUGAGAGUAACAUCACAUGUCUGAAAUCUUUGGUUUUAUUCACACGAGAGUCUUGUAAGUUGGUUUGAUCUUUGAGAUGUAACAGAAGUGAGAUUGUUGUAGUGUGUAUAAAACAUUAUUACUCAUUUUUCAAUAGCAUUCACGUACCUAA